AUGCGUUCUUCAGCUCUCAUCACCCUCGUCCUCGCGGCCGUCGUCUCGGCACAUAGUGUCAUUACCUACCCAGGAUGGAGAGGAAACAACUUGAUCACCAACGCAACCUUUCCCUACGGCAUGCAAUGGACGUAUCCUUGUGGCGGACACAACGUAACACAGAACCGCACGUACUGGCCCACGAGAGGAGGAGCCAUCGCCUUCCAGCCUGGAUGGUUCCGAGGCCACGAGACUGCCUUUGCCUACAUCAACAUGGGAUUCGGCGAUGACGGCCCAGACGGUGGCCCUGCCAACAUGACCCUCCCCAUGGUUCCUCAGUUCCAGAUUCUUGGUCCCACCAACAACCCGUACCCAGGAACGAUCUGCCUCCCUCAGGUGCCUCUGCCCAAGAACACGACGGUAAAGGCUGGUGACAAGGCGACCAUCCAGGUUGUCAUGCUCGCCACCCACGGCGCUGCCCUGUACUCGUGCGUCGACAUCAUCUUUGCCGAACCCGGAGACAAGAGACUCGCCGAGGUCAACCAGACCAACUGCUUCAACUCGACCGACAUUGGCUUCGCAGAGGUCUUUACCAUCACCACCAAGGCAUCCGGCAGCGACGAAUACGUCAAGGACUCGAGCGCAAACGCCCCCCAUCAAGUGAGCUGGGCCACCCUACUACCUCUUGUAGGAGCCGCCCUAUGGGCUCUCUCCCUCGCAUGA